UAUCACGUGACCCUGGUUUUCUGUGUAAGUAGUAACGAUUCCCCUUUCUUUCUCUCUGCAUCAGUACUAAGUAUAGGUGAAGGAGGUUUCUGGGAAGGCACUGUCAAAGGAAGAACAGGCUGGUUCCCGGCAGACUGUGUGGAAGAAGUUCAAAUGAGACAGUAUGACCCAAGGCUUGAGACCCGGGAGGACCGCAAUAAGAGACUGUUCAGACACUACACUGUGGGAUCUUAUGACAACUUCACCUCAUACAGUGAUUACAUCGUGGAAGAGAAGAAUGCUGUUUUACAGAAGAAAGACAACGAGGGGUUUGGUUUUGUCCUGCGUGGAGCCAAAGCCGAAACUCCUAUUGAAGAGUUCACUCCCACCCCAGCAUUCCCUGCCCUGCAGUACUUGGAGUCGGUGGACGUGGAGGGAGUGGCCUGGAGGGCUGGUCUCAGGACGGGGGACUUUCUCAUUGAGGUGAACGGGGUGAAUGUAGUGAAGGUGGGCCACAAGCAGGUGGUGUCUUUAAUCCGGCAAGGGGGGAGCCGACUCCUAAUGAAAGUUGUUUCUGUCACACGCAAGCCAGAGUCGGAAGAAAUUGUUCGAAAGAAAGCUCCCCCUCCACCCAAGAGAGCUCCGAGCACCACCCUGACGCUGCGCUCCAAGUCCAUGACGGCUGAGCUGGAGGAACUGGCAUCUGCUCGGAGAAGACGAGGAGAAAGACUAGAUGAGAUGUUGGCAUCGCAGGAAUCUAUGUUGCAUUCUCAGCCCCCGGAGGCAGAUUACAGAGCAGCCACUGUCAAACAACGGCCUACCAGCAGGAGAAUAACACCAGCAGAGAUCAGUUCACUGUUUGAGAGACAAGGGAUGACGCUACAUGGAGGUCUGCACCCGGGUAUCGAGAGAGGUCACAUACCAUUCCCUAAAGGCAUGUCCAGGACCAAGUCUUUUGGUGCCACAGAAGAGGAUAGACUGUCUGCACUUGCAGGCGAGCACAGAUUUCCACGUAGUUCGUCUAUGACAGACAGCCUCCGAGACCACUCACAACCCCAUCCUAUCCCUCCACCUCCUCAGACGGCACCUCCUCCACCUCCUUACUACUUAGACACGGGUCCUCCUCCAGCUUUUUGCCCUCCUCCUCCCACGUCUCGGACCCAAAGUCAAGGCCAUGAGCCUGGAGGCCGUUCCAGCUUCAAGCCAUCCUCCUUGGACCUGCCUUACGAAGCCGCUCAGCGGCAAGCCACACACAUCGAGAGACAGAAGAAAGCUCGCUCAAUGAUCAUCCUACAGGACUCCUCCCACCUACCUGUAGAGCCUACAGAAAUUCCCCGUCCCUCUGCUGCUACUCCACCAGAGCGAAUCAAAAGAAAGGGGAGGGUAAUUGACAACCCUUACGCAAAUGUGGGUCAGUUCAGCAUUGGACUGUUCACACCCACAAAGCCCCAAAGAAAGAAAAGUCCUUUGGUGAAACAGCUACAGGUAGAAGAUGCACAAGAAAAGGCUAGUCUAGCCUUAGCUGCUGCCCACUCACGAGAGAGCUCACCCUCAGGACGACACCCACAUGGGCACACGCACACCAGCCGUGUCGACUACUACCAGCAGCAGCUCAUGGCUGAACGAGAGCGAUUGCGAGCCCAAGGAGAGAUGAUGUUUCAGGGUAAAGGCCCGUUUGCUGCUGCUAUUGCUGGAGCAGUAAAAGAUCGUGAACGUCGCCUUGAAGAGCGGAGGAAAUCCACUGUCUUCCUUUCUGUUGGGACCAUGGAAGGGUCGCCUACAACAAGCCCUGACUCCCCCUCUUUGACUCAGUCUCACUCCAUCGAUGAACGGCUGUUAACUCGAGAGCUUGGACAGCUUCCUCCCCCUGCCUUGGCUCUGAGCCCCUCACCUAGUGGGACCACCUUUAUCCAUCCACUCACAGGAAAGCCUCUGGACCCAAAUUCACCAUUAGCUCUUGCGCUGGCCGCAAGGGAGAGAGCACUGACCUCUCAGAGUCAGUCCCCAACAGGCAGCCCAGAGCCUCGGACUAAACAAGAGCGAGUAGGCCAGGUUGUAAUGUUCUCUGACACUCAGACCAAAGAGUCUCCACACGGGGAUGGAGUAACUGCAUCGCCCCCUUUUUCACCUAAAAGCGCCAAGGCAGCGGGGUAUGGCACAUCAUCCUCCCCGGCUAAUAUUUUGGCUCCUCAACCCAUCAAACCACAGUGGUCUUCAUCAUCAUCACCUAUAUCAUUCCGUCAAGAGAUGGAAGCUAGAAUUGAGGAGAGGAAGGAGGAAAAGAGACUAGAGGAUAAAAAAAGCAUGUUGAUCAGCAUUAUGGAUACAUCACAGCAGAAGACAGCUGGGCUGAUCAUGGUUCAUGCGACCAGCAACGGUCAGGCUGUUGGGGUGGGGUCAGGGAUAGAACAGAAACCUGUGCCUGCAACCAUAGAGCCCAGCAAAUCACAGAGUCCAUGGGCUAAAUCCCCCAUUCCCACAGCUCCCCAGCCCCAAACUCAACUCCAGGUUCAGCCUCAAACUCAGCGUCCUGCCAGUCCCACCCAAGAGAAGAGCCUGGCUCAGGGAAGCUCAGAAGAGGAUGUGGAUGCCUACACAGUCACCUUACCACCGGCUAUGUUAUCUUCCAGCGAUGAGGAAACAAGAGAGGAGCUACGUAAGAUUGGGGUGGUUCCUCCACCAGAUGAGUUUGCAAAUGGGUUGCUGGCCCAGGCACAGGGGAUACCAGUGUCAUCCACUAAAGCUGCUCUGUCUCCUGCUACACCAGCCACACCAACACCCCAAACUCCCUUAACCCCAACAACCCCAACUGUGACAACCACCCAGCCUCAGCCUCCUCAGCCACCACCUCCACCCAGUGCAGCAGCUGUCUCAGGGAAAACUUCUGACCCUCUGGAGCCCCCACCAGUGGGCGAGGCUGGUUCUGCAGCUGACUCAGGUGUGGAGGAGGCUGACACGCGCAGCUCCAGUGACAGAGAGAGAGACCACCAUCUUGAGACCACCAGCACCGUCUCUACAGUUUCCAGCAUGUCUACGUUGUCCUCAGAAAGUGGCGAGCCUGCUGACACACACACCACGCACACCUCCUAUGCUGAUGGGCAGACUUUUGUUCUUGACAAGCCGCCAGUGCCUCCUAAGCCUCGACUCAAAUCCCAGAUAGGAGGCAGUAAAGGCCCCGUCACCUUCAGGGACCCUUUGCUGAAGCAGAGCUCUGAUAGUGAGCUGCUGUCCCAGCAACAGGCUGCUGCACUGGCUGCUGCAGCAGCUGGUGGAGCUGGGCUUCCUGCAGGUGGUUCCGCCUCAGUUACUGGUCUAGCUCCGACCAAGCCACGCUAUCUCUUCCAACGGAGGUCCAAGUUGUGGGGGGAUCUGGUAGAACCUCGAGGACCCGGGGUAGGGCUAGGGAUUGGGAGUUUGGGCAAUCUUGGUGGGCUAGGACUCGGACUAGGUGCAGAUGAGAGCACAAAACCAUCAGUUAUGGGAGAGCUCAGUUCACGUCUACAGCAUUUAAGUAAAGACACUAGGUCAUUGGGUGAGGAGCCGCUGGGAGCCUCUCUUGACCCUGGGAGAAAGUCACCUGUGGCAGGUGCAAGACUUUUUAGCAGCCUAGGCGAGCUCCACACCCUUUCCCAGAGAAGCUAUGGAACCACAUACACCAUCCGCCCCGGCAGCCGCUACCCCGUCACCAGACGCGCGCCCAGCCCCGGCUCAGGCUCACCUGAUCGGGGCGACCCCCUUGGACGAUUCUCAGGCUUCGGCCUGCCAACCUCACCAACUACACCGCCGCAAACCAUCCUCAAGUCCUCUAGUCUCAGCUUACCCCAGGAGCCUAAAGAGGUGCGCUUUGUGAUGAGGAGCUCCAGCGCACGUUCUCGCUCUCGCUCUCCGUCACCUUCCCAUUCCCCUGGCUUAGGCUCACCGCUUUUAGCCCUCCGACCCUUUCACCAAAAGCCCCUCCACCUGUGGAACAAGUACGAUGUUGGAGACUGGCUCGAGAGCAUCAACUUGGGAGAGCACAGAGCGGGGUUUCAGGAACACGAGAUCGAAGGCUCUCACCUCCCGGCUCUAACCAAGGAUGACUUUGCGGAGCUGGGAGUGACACGGGUCGGACACCGUAUGAACAUUGAGCGAGCGCUGAAACUGCUGCUGGAGAGCUGACCCUCGCCCUGAAAAAGAGCAACAGGAUAAGAAAGACACAAAGCCUGAAUUAGAUGAAAAUAAGGGAUCCACUGAACACCACUCCUCUGUUACUCCA